AAAAAAGGCAAAGUGGCGGUUGGAGUGUUUCAGGUGUCCCAAUACGAAUGGAAAAUGCUCUUUGUGUUUUUGGAUGGAUUUGAGCUUUAAGACACAUCGAAACAGUAUUUUUAAUAAAUGGUAAUUAGUGUGGAUGCGCACUUGCGUCUACUGUAUGUGUUUACUGGGUUAAGUUUCCCCAACGCCGAAUAGGCUUCGUCUUGUUGACAGUCCUUGUUCCUGGCAAUAACGUCAUCAAGUGUGUCUGACAUCCCGGAGGCGGGGACCACAGAGGAAACAGCCAAUCACCAGGCUGGCCGGAGCGCAUGUUUAGCUGGAUGAUAUAAGUAGAGCGGAGCGCAACUGCCGCCUGUCAUUAAAGAGGAAACACAAGUGGAGCUCAGAUUCAGAGCAGAAAAGACUCUUCUACACACGAGUGGAAUCAAAACAUCUGAAUUAGUCACUGGACUCCGCUUUGAAUUCAACUAAAGGUACAAAACGACGACUUGGUACAGUACAGUUCCACUAUUUUGGAAGUUUUGCUCUGUUUUUGAUAGCUUUGGUCUUCAGUAUAAUAAUAGAGCGGGACUUUGUGCUGGAAUCAAUUGGGACACUAAAAGCCUCGGUGUCCAAGCAGCAUCUUUGCAGCGCACUCUUGUAUUUGACUGUCUGAUUUUGAAAUAUGUCCACAAUAAUGGAACAGCCUUUUUAUGACGACUCGUUUCUCUCUGCUUAUGGCCAUCCAGGCGCAGCCUUGCCAGACUACAAGCUGCUAAAGCAGAAUAUGAACUUGAACUUCUCCGAUUCAUAUCGGAACUCUAACUUCAAGUCGCAGCACCUGCGUGCCGACGGAGAUUUCUAUUCGUCCGGGUCGGCGGAUGUGGGCUCACUGAAGCUCGCCUCUCCGGAGCUGGAGCGACUGAUCAUCCAAAACAGCAACGGGGUGAUCACUACAACACCGACACCUGCACAAUUCCUCUACAACCGCGGCAUCACAGAGGAGCAGGAAGGCUUUGCUGAAGGCUUUGUUAAAGCGCUGGACGACCUACACAAAAUGAACCACAUGGCUCCUCCAAACGUGUCGAUCGGCGGCGUCACCUGUGGGGUCCCCGGCGGUGUUGUGUGCUCGGCUCCAGCCUCGGUGUUUGGUUCAUCCAUGCAGCAGGACGCGCUCGAGUACACCACCCUGAGCAGCUGCACCACGAACCCCAGUCUGUCCUCUGCAGCCAGCUAUCCCUCCACGACCAUCAGCUACAUGCCGCACCACCAGUACCACCACCAUCACCAGCAUCCCCAGGCCAUUGCGCACGGAUCGCACCAUUUCCAGCACCCCCUGGCCAGCGCAGGCAUCCACUCGCAGAGGUUCAGCGGGUUGAAAGAGGAGCCUCAGACGGUCCCUGACAUGCUGAGCAGCGACGGGUCUCCACCGAUGUCUCCCAUCGAUAUGGAGAAUCAGGACCGCAUGAAAACUGAGCGCAAGCGGUUGAGGAACCGGCUCGCAGCCUCCAAGUGUCGGAGGCGCAAGCUGGAGCGCAUCUCUCGCCUGGAGGACAAGGUGAAGGUUCUGAAGACAGACAACGCCGGACUGUCAAACACUGCGUCUGUACUGCGGGAGCAAGUGGCCCAACUCAAACAGAAAGUCAUGACACAUGUGAGCAGUGGCUGCCAGCUCAUGUUGGCGCCCAAAGUGAAGUCUUAUUGAAGAAACAAUGCACUUUUUAAAAACACUGGACAAUAACUGCACUGACAAUGAACAAUGUCUUAAUACAUUUUCUGUAUAAGAGAACUGGACCAUUAUGAUUUCUCUGGCUGAAAGAAGCAGCAGAAAUCAUACAAGACUAAAACACUUAGGGGCAUUUUUAAAUACGUUUUUAUUUUUAAAAAGAUGUCGUCUUGGCUUUGCCUGUUUACAUUUUACUUUAAUUGCGAUCUGUGAUACAUUCUUAUGUAACUUAUUUGUGUUCGUCAGGUUGAGCCUGUUUUUUUUUUUUACUUGUACAGUAUAUAUUUAAGUAAAUGAAAUUAUGAAACUAAGAAAUAUGUGGUGUUGUUUCUUAUUGGGGUUAUUUUAAACUGUCACCUCUUGGGUUUAUUACGGUAAUUCUCGAUAAUCUCUUCUGGUCAGCAGUUAGUUUAAAACAGCAGUAGUUGCUUAACGUUGGAGACGUCCCAGCGUAGGAUUGUUUCCCCAUUGACGUACAUAAGUCAGUCCAUAUAUGGUCAAUUUUGCUCACACGUCACACAAUGAGAAGGUUUCCGGGAACUCCCUCCUACAUUGCCCGUCAGAAAUGCUGUGCUCUCCCCUUCACACCGCAGUGUGAGUAAAUGGAGGUUUGUCAAUGGGUGGUUUAUUAGAGUUAGGGGAGUUUCCCCAUUCUGCUCUCAAUUUCCCAAAACAAGUCGUGAGAACACUAGCUCAGGAAAAAUGGUUGAAAAAUAAGUUCCACACAAACAUGCAGCGUAGAUGUCUGGUGGUUAACAGCAAUUACAAGAAUUAGUGUCAACAAGCUGCCUGAAAUGCCUGUUGGGGAGUGGAGGUGAAAUUAUGUCGGUUCCACACAACACAAAUUACCCAAUAAAUUGUUUAAAGUA